GAGGGGAGAGGGCCGGGUCAGCAAGACCUAUAGGAAGUUGCGCCUUUGGUUUGUAGCGGGAUCGAACCGGGGCGGCGUCUCUGUAGAGAAGGAGCUGCCUGGAAAGGGAGUCUCUGGAGGUGUAAGGGCCACCACUGUGAAAAACCUUGCUCUUCAGAACUGAUCUAGCUCUGAUGGCCCAUUAGAGCUCCUGUUUUGCUGGUGCAAGUGAUCUCUCACUGGGCACCCCACAAGAGUCAAGGUCUAUCUACGAGAAGGACCCCUGAGUAACACUGUGAAGGGUUUGUGUGACUGUAAUACAGCAUUACAGGGUUAUCUGUGAAGGAGAAGGUAUGAUCACCUUCAUGAACAACUCUGAUAGUGAAGAGGAACCCUGUAAUGAGAGAACAUCCCUGAUGUCAUCUGAGAGCCCUCUUCUUCCUCCCUACCAUGAUGGUACACAAGCACCUGCAGCAGCAGAAAAUCAGACACACAGGAAAAGACAUACGGGAAGCAGUGGCUCUAACAAAAUUGCUGAUGGAAAUGUGUCUGACUCAGAAGGAGCAGCAAGAGGACCUGUUGCCCUGGAAAGUGAGGAGGAAGAACUGACCCUAAAAUACGGAGCAAAACAUGUGAUCAUGCUGUUCGUGCCUGUUACGCUGUGCAUGAUUGUGGUUGUUGCCACCAUAAAAUCAGUGCGUUUCUACACUGAGAAGAAUGGGCAGCUGAUUUAUACUCCGUUUAGUGAAGACACACCCUACGUGGGCCAGCGUCUCUUGAGCUCUGUGCUGAACACCAUCAUAAUGAUCAGUGUCAUAGUUGUAAUGACAAUAUUCUUAGUUGUGUUAUAUAAAUACCGUUGCUACAAGUUCAUUCAUGGUUGGCUGAUUCUGUCAUCUCUCAUGCUUCUGUUCCUCUUCACCUACAUCUAUCUUGGUGAAGUGCUAAAGACCUACAACGUGGCAAUGGAUUAUCCUACCCUGUUCUUUGUCAUUUGGAAUUUUGGAGCUGUUGGGAUGAUAUGCAUCCAUUGGAAGGGACCCCUGCAACUCCAGCAAGCUUAUCUCAUCAUGAUCAGUGCCUUGAUGGCAUUAGUUUUCAUCAAAUACCUGCCUGAGUGGUCAGCCUGGGUCAUUCUGGGAGCCAUAUCUGUUUAUGAUCUGGUAGCAGUUUUAUGCCCCAAGGGACCACUCCGAAUGUUGGUGGAAACAGCCCAAGAAAGAAAUGAACCCAUAUUUCCUGCACUUAUUUAUUCCUCUGCUAUGAUGUGGACUGUAGGAAUGGCAAAACCAGAUAAUGUGCGAAGAGGAUCUUCUGAAGAAACAUGGGAUUUAGCUGAAGGAACUGAAAACCAUCAGACAUCUUCAUACACUGAUUCUGAAGUUCCUGAGAGGAGACAUCUAACAGAUGGUCAGGGUGGCCAACAACCUGGUCAAAUAGGACACAACUUAGAAGAAAUGGAGGAGGAAGAAAGAGGUGUGAAAUUGGGUCUUGGAGACUUCAUAUUCUACAGUGUGCUUGUGGGCAAAGCAGCUGCCACUGCUAGUGGUGAUUGGAAUACAACUCUGGCUUGUUUUGUAGCCAUCCUCAUAGGCCUGUGUUUAACCCUUUUAUUGCUGGCAGUAUUCAAGAAAGCAUUGCCCGCCCUUCCUAUCUCUAUCACUUUUGGCUUGGUCUUCUAUUUCUCAACAGACUACCUUGUACAACCCUUCAUGGACACCCUGGCAGCUCAUCAGCUUUAUAUUUGACAAGGAUGGUAUUUCUCCUUCAAAGAGCCUUGUUGUGCAGCAGGACAAUUUCCAAUGGAUAAAAAUAUACUAUAGUUUUUAUUUCUAGUGCCAUAUACCUGUCAGGAAAUAAUAUAAAAUAAGUAUGUCUGUCUCUUCUGUAACUUAACAGGUAGGUCCUUUAAUAGCUGGUGUUAAAAUUGACUGAGAGCAAGAUCUAUGUUUACUCAGAAUUGAGCCCCAUCUAACCUGGCUGAGUUCAGUGGGGUUUGCUCCCAAGUAAGUGUGCACAGGAUUGCAACCUUGCUGUGGUCUUUAGAUACCUGGCUGCCUCAUUCAUGUUACAAUCAUUUCCCUCUUGCAGCAGUGUGGUGAAUUGGAGACCAGGGUUCGAUUCCCGCUCAGCCAUGAAACCCACUGGGUAAUCUUGGGCAAGUCACACACUCUCAGCCUCAGGGAAAUGUAAUGGUAAACCACCUGUGAACAAAUCUUGCCAAGAAA